AAGAUGGGGGUUUUUGUCUAAAGAAAAAGGUGUGCGUUGCUAAUGCACUCCUUCUAAAAAAAAGAGUGGAUGUGCAUUAGCAUUCCCCAUAUAUAUAUACAUAGGGAGCAUAUCAGGUGAGAUGAGUGGUUUAUAAUGAGAGAUGAGAGCAUUAAUUACUAUCCAUUCGAAUAUGUAUAUAUAUAGGGAGCAUAUCAGGGAAUGAAUCGGAGCUGGUCGCGGUGGUGGUUAGUGGAUUGAGUGUUUGUGGUUCAAUCUUAGAGCUAGUCCAUGGAGUUUCGGUGGCGGUUUUGCCGGAAAAAAUGGUGAUCGGAGAGUUUCUCAGGAUGGGUGGAGGUUUGCAGCUUUCCUAAUUUCACUCCGGUGGAGGUCUUACCGGAAAAAAUGGUGAUCAGACAAUUUUUGCCACCCACCAUGUCAUUAGAGGAGAUUUGUGACUCUAAUACGAAAAUUAUAAGGGGAAUAAAUUAUCUACUAGAUCCAUGGAGGAGAUUUGUGAAAUUGACUUUCAUGGAAGUUUUUUUUCUGAUAACUUUUGGGCUGGAAGUGGCUUCUGUGUAUAAAAAGUAAAAAGUUAAAAACUAAAAAAGCAAAAGAUAAAAUUAAAGCUGUUGUGCGAUAAAAACAAGAGUCACGUGAGCUUUUAAUGAGAGAGUUGAAUCUGUACCGUCUAUUUAAAUUCAAUGGGUGUGAUUUAAUGCUCUCACCUCUCACCAUAAACCACUCCUCUCACCUGAUAUAUAUGCUCACCAUAACAAUGAUGUCAUGUUUGAAUGUUAUUUAGGUCUAAAAUUUGAAAGAAAAACAUUUUUGAAUAAAAUAUAGUAAAAAUAUUUACAAAACAUCAUAAAAACACUUAUAUAAGGAUUAUAUAUUUCAAAUCAGGGAUCAAUUAACUCAGACCAAAUUAAUUUGAAAAAGUAAAAAUAAUUGUAAUAAUAUACUCAUUUUACUCGUUACACGUCAAGAAAUUAUUUCGUUAAUAGGUGUAUCCAAACAUAAAUUACGUUCGUUUUUAAAUCACAUUUAGCAUACUCAAUUAUGUCAUAAUCAAUUAUGCAAACACCGAUCCAAACACACACGAAAGAGAAGAGUGCUCUUGCGAGAACGUGAUGAUGGAUUGAUGGUUAUAUGCCUUCUCUGUCAGCCUUUUACUAACCUACUUCAUUCGUAUCACAUGUUUAACUUUUCAUCAGAGUUAAUAUAUUUAAUAUUGGCUUAAAAGCACUUUUGGUCCCCCACGUUUCACCUUUGUGCAAAAAUGGUCCCUCAACUAUUUUAAUAGCAUUCUUGGUCCCCCAUGUUUACUCCCGUCAGUACAGUUGGUCCUUCUGUUAAAAUUUGAACGGAUUUUUCAUGUGUGUCAAUUUUUAAUUGACGUGGAGGAGAGAGGCUAUGCUUAUUAGGAGAGAAGAAACUUAGUGAGAGAGAGAUGUCAGUCACGUGGCUUGCACGUGACCUGAACCCUAAAUCUCUCUAGUUCGUGAAAUCUGAAAUUAGCAAGGUGUAUGCUCAAAAUUGCACACGAAUCUGGUUCAGAGGUUAGUGUUGAGAAAGAAGAGGUUCGUGGUUCCUGGGUUUAUGUGCUACCGAUUGAAGAAGAAAUGGGAAGACAGAGGGUGAAGAUGAAUACAAAUCGCGAAUCUGGUUCAGAGGUUAGUGUUGGGGACCAUCGUGAUGUCCAUAUCGAUGCAGGGGACCAGUCAAUGCUUCUUCCAAAGCCUUUGUCUCCGAAUGUGGUUUCCAGGCCUACUGUUAGUCAUGUGAUAGACAUAAAUAUGCACAGUGGGGGUAAAAUGACAUCUGACCCUACUGCUCCAUAUGUGAAUGGCUCAUGUGAAGUGUAUAAAGGAUUUGAUGUGGACGAAUUAUCAUCAAUUGAAGUGGGCAAAUUGGUAAAAACUCAAGGGUCUGUCAGCAUGUGGUAUAAGCACUUUAAUAAGGAUGGGUCAAGUGGGUUAAGGCCUCUUAACAAUGAUGCUGAUGUGAGGCAACUCAUUGAAGAUGUGUCAGGGUUAUCUGAAGUGGAUGUGUAUGCUGAGCAACUAGUGGAAGAGCAAGGAGACAGUGUGGUACUUACAACUGAGAAAGAAUGGCAACAAUCUCAAAAGGAAGGGGAAGCAGCUCAAACUGAAAGUGAACAAGCUGUGGUUGAUAAAGGUAAGGGGUUGGUUGAUGAGGGUGGGUCUUUAAGAUUUCUGGAUGCUGUGUUAGACUGUGACGAUGAUGUUCUUGUUGAGGCUGUGAAGGAAAGUGAACAACAAGUUCAGAAGGAAGGGGAGAAGACAGUGGUUGACAAAGGUAAGGGGUUGGCUGUUAAUGGUGGGGAAUUGAGAUUUCUUGAUGCUGUGCUGGACUCUGAUGAUGAUGAAUACCGACCAAAUGGUGGUUCAUCCUCUGAUGUGUCACUAGAUGACUCUGACUAUGAGGAGGAUUGGGACUGGACUAAGGUAUUGCCUGCUGAGUCUUUGAUUGAGGUUCAAAGAUCUAUCCCAAAUCCUGACCCUCCUGCUGUUGAAGAUGUUGAUCCACAUGUUGCAUUGAAUGGUGAUCCCACUGUGUUCUCUGACUUUGAAGAUGAAGAUGGUGAUUCAGAAGACUUAGACACAGGUUCUGAGAGUGGUGAUGAGCUGGAGCCUAAGCCAAAAUAUCGUAGGUUUAAGCCCUCUGAAAGUGGUAUAGUCCAAUUUGAGUGUGGACUGACUUUCACUAACAAGGACCUAUUCAAAGAUGUUGUCAAGGAUUAUGCACUAGAAAACAAAAAAGAUGUGAAAAUUAUUAAGAACGACAAGAAGAGGGUGGUGGUGGCCUGCAAACCUGAGUGUCCAUUCUAUUUGAGGAUUAGCAAGACUCCAACCAGACCAGUGUGGCAAGUGGUGAGCUAUGAUCCUGAUCACACAUGCUGCAGGACAUCAACCAACAGGCAGGCCAAAGCUGAAUUCUUGGCUAGGAAGUUGAUGCCAAUUUUAAGGCAUACACCUGACAUCAAGAUUCCUGGUCUCAUUGAAGAAGCAAGGGUAAGGUGGGGGAUUGUAAUUGGGAGGUUCAAGGCUUAUAGAGCAAAGGUAAGGGCUUUGGAGAUGAUUCAAGGUGCUACCCUUCAGCAGUAUAGUCACUUGAGAAACUAUGCUCAAGAGCUGUUAAGGAGUAAUCCAGGGAGCACAGUUGUGAUAAAGAGCACAGUUGGAAGCCAUGGUCCUGUAUUUGAGAGAAUAUAUGUCUGUUUUGCUGCAACAAAAACAGCCUUUGCUAGGAGCUGCAGACCCUUGAUUGGCUUGGAUGGUUGCUUCCUCAAGGGGGUGUAUGGUGGCCAACUAUUAUCAGCAGUUGGUAAAGAUGGAAACAAUCAAAUGUUUCCAAUCUGCUUUGCUGUGGUGGAAGCUGAAACUAAAGACUCAUGGCACUGGUUCCUAGAUCUACUUUUAAAGGAUCUCAAUGGUGUUCAAAGGAAUAACUGGUCAUUCAUCUCUGACCAACAGAAGGGUUUGGUUCCAACACUGGCAAGCAUGGGUGAUAACGUUGAACACAGGUUAUGUGUCAAGCAUUUGUAUGCUAACUUCAAGAAGAAGUACCCUGGGGACUUAUUGAAAAAUGCAAUGUGGGCAGCAGCUAGAGCUAGUACUGUGCCUGAGUGGAAAUGUGCAAUGGAGGUGAUGAAAGGAUUGAAUGAGACUGCUUACCAAGAGAUGAUGAGCCUGCCUCCAAAGAUGUGGACAAGAUCAACAUAUAGCACACACACUAAGUGUGAUUUACAAGUAAACAACAUGUGUGAGGCCUUUAAUAGGGCAAUUUUGGAGCAUAGGGACAAACCAAUUAUCACUCUCUUGGAAGGUCUCAAAUUCUACCUCACCAACAGGAUUGUAAAACAGAAGCAGCUUAUGUUAAGGUGGAGGAACAGCCAAAUAUGCCCACUGGUUCAGCAAAAAUUGGAAUCAAUGAAGAGGCAAUCUGACUAUUGGCUAGCUACUUGGUGUGGAGAUACUGGAUAUAAUCAGUUUGAAGUCAGUAGAGGUUCUGAUAAGUAUACUGUGGACCUCCAACUGAGAACCUGUGCUUGCAGGAGGUGGGAUCUCUCUGGGAUACCCUGUCCACAUGCAGUUUCUUGCAUAUGGCACAAUCGUCAUGUCCCUGAAAACUAUGUUGAUGCUGCCUACAGGAGGCAUACGUUUAUAGACACUUAUUCUCACAUCAUUCAGCCAAACAAUGGGCCAAAGAUGUGGCCAGAGGUGGAUGCACUACCACUUAAUCCACCCUAUGUCAGAAGAGCACCAGGGAGGCCUAAAAAGAUGAGGAACAGAAGCAAUGAUGAGCCCAGGAGUCCUAACAAACUUAGAAGGCAUCACACAACAGUCAAAUGCAGGAGGUGUGGAGAAUAUGGCCACAAUAAGAGAACUUGCAGAGGCAAAACAGCAGCAGACAGGACAAUUCCCACCGGGGGAAAUCAGGAUCAUACUCAGGUUUUACAACCUGAACAAAGAAGAACUGUUGCAGUCCCUAUUCAGAGUGACUUUGCUGCUACAUUUGGUGCUGGGAGUUCAAGCCAGGGUCCAUUUGCUGCUGGGAGUUCAAGUCAGGGUCUUUUUGUUGCUGGGAGUUCAAGUCAGGGUCCAUUUGCUGCUGGGAGUUCAAGUCAGGGUCCCUUUGCUGCUGGGUCUUCAACUCAUCCAGCAAGACGACCUCCAAGACAGCCUAGGAGAACAAGGAGGACCACUGCUGAAAGACCAACUCAGGAUGCAAAUGGAUCAUCAAGUCAACCAUCAUCAGACAUCACUACAUUAUUGAAUCCAUUAAUGUUGCCUGGUUCACAUUCAACUUUUUUUUUGCAGUUCACAAACGUAACUGAUCAUAUAUUUUUGUGGUGUGUUAAGAUAUGUAAAAAUGCACAAAAUGGACAGGGAAAAACAACCAUUCAUUCCAUUGAUCAACAAGUUUUCAGUACAAAACAGCAACCUCAGACAUCACUACAUUAAUUCACUCCACUUCCCUGUACAUACACCAACAAUUUUCCUACACAAUUCCUAAUCCCCAACCUGACCUAUUUAGAUACAUAAGCAAAUAUCAACGCCAUGAUCAUAAUCAUGGCAAAGAUCAAACAACAGACUAGGACUUUGAUUGUUUUCUUCAUCUCAGCAUUCUUUCUCGAAAGCAAGGCAAUAACCUUCUUCUCCCUGGCAUUCCCAACAUCAUCAUACCAUUCAAAGAAGCUGCACAGUCGUCUACCAUGAACCUGCAACUCAUCAUUUUCAAAACAAGUGUGUCAGUUUACAAUCUUCAACCACAGUUUCAUACAGAGAAGUA